AUGCCCAGUGAGCUCUGGGACCGCACCUACGCUGUCAACGUGCGUGGCACGUACCUGACCAUCAAGCACUUCCUCAAAUCCAUUGAGAAGUCACAAAGUGAUACUGGUAAGGAAGUCGAAAAUGUCAGUGUCGUUGUGACGGGGUCUGAAUGUGGAGUCUUCGGUCAGGCAGGUCAUGUGGAGUAUGCGAGUGGGAAAGCAGGGCUACAAUACGGUCUCGUGAAGACAGUGAAGAACGAGAUUGUUAGAUUAAAUAAGAGCGCGAGGAUCAAUGCCGUUGCGCCCGGAUGGGUGGAGACCAAGUUGAUUGAAGGGAGGUUGGACGACCCAGUGGAGAGGUGGAGGGAGGCGGAGGCUACUGUACCACUCAGGAAGAUCGCUCAACCUACCGAUGUAGCGAGAGCAGCCGCUUUUCUGGCAAGUCAUCGCGCUGCAGGUCAUAUCUCCGGACAAUGUAUAUCUGUGGAUGGCGGUAUGGAAGGUCGUAUUGUGUGGUCCGAGGAAGAAGUUCGCAAAUCACAGGCAACUGCUGUCGAGCCCGAAACACCAUCUCUCAACGCGACUGGUGAGGCCGAGAUAUUCGGUACCGCAACCGAAGGGGUGUCCCUUGCUAGCAGGACCCCCUCAGCAAUGGCUAUCCCAACCAUGUCAUCUCUCGGCAGCCCUCAAUCAACACAGAAGCCGAAGAUCAAGAUCUUGCUCUCCGUAGAUUUUGACGCAGUAUCGGGCUGGCUUGGUACUGGCCAACAUCCCGAUAAUAACCUAGCGGACUACAGUACUGGCUUCUUCAGUGGCCACGUCGGAGUUCCACGACUACUCAAGCUCUUCGCGAAGCACGGCAUCGCGAACAAAGUAACCUGGUUUGUGCCUAUGCAUAGUGCAGAGUCUUUCCCAGAAGAGUUUGCCGCCAUCAAGAGCAGCGGCGCGGAGAUAGGCUUACACGGGUAUUGCCACGAAGGCGCCCCUCAGCUUACGCCCACCCAAGAACGCGAAGUCCUCGAGCACUGUAUAAGUCUCUACCAGGAACUAUUAGGAAAACGUCCACUGGGCUACCGCGCACCGCUCUAUCAACUCCGCGAAAGUACCGUGGAAUUAUUAGAGGAGUACUCUUUCCUCUACGACUCCUCACUCUCCCACCACGACAGCAAGCCAUACUACCUCCCCAACCUCCCGCCUAUCAAAGCGCCAAAGUACACAGAAGAGGCUUCCGCGAAAGACUGGAUGAAACCCCUGCCUAAACCCAGUGCGCCCACAGCCAAAACUCUCGUCGAGAUUCCGGCAAACUGGUACACGGAAGAUAUGACGCCGCUCCAGUAUCUUCCCAAUGCACCCAACUCGCACGGCUACGUCGACGUUCGCGUUAUGGAGAAUAUGUGGAAGGACAAGUUUGAGUGGAUUAGGAGCGAGAUGCUUGAGAGUAAUGGAGAGAAAGAUGUGGUGGUUUUUCCGUUGGUUUUACAUCCGGAUACCAGUGGCAUGGCGCAUGUCAUCGGCAUGAUUGAGAGGGUGAUUAAGUGGCUGAAGGCGUGGGAAGGAGACGUGGAGUUCUGCACUUAUGAGGAGGCGGCUGGGGAGUGGAAGGAGAAGAAUGCUGUUGAAUGA